GUGUAUAAGUUGCCACUCAAGGCAGCCUAUCCCACACUAGGAUUUCCAUACCUAGUAUGGGCAAGUCAGUAUACAAAAAAAGAAAAUAUUCACUUCUUUCACCUUUCCUAAUCUAUUUUUACUUAAGAUUCUGUCCUUUGGAUUGUCUCACCUGGAUAAAGCGGAAUACUGUUUUGGUAAGACAAAUGGGACCUGAUAAGAGGAAGUAGAGUAAUGAGGACCAUAAAGCCUAACCUAAGAGACUUAAGUGUUACAGGGAACUUGACUAGUUCUUCAAAGUCAGUACCUUCCCACCUUUCUAGUUUACUUAUAUAUUAUUCCUGUCCUAUAUAUACUCUGGUGAUCAACUUGUUCUUCACAAAAGUUACUACAGCUCCCCAUCCCCAUGCCUUUGAAUUUACUGUCCUUUUUUUCACUUCUUGCCUCUUUAAAUCCAUAGUUUUCUUCAGGAUUCAGCUCAAGUACCACCUUCUACACAAAGAUUUUUUUGCUUAUGCCUCUUCCUUUCUCUCCAAACUACCUUGAAUUCAUUUUGUAUAUAUUCUGCAAUAAUGUAAGAGAAGGAUUGCUUGACUUUUGUCUCUGUUUCCCCCAACCCUUAUUCCAUAGUGUGGUGCAUAAUAAGGGCUUAAUAGCUUUAUUGAUUGAUUGAAUUGACAAUUCUAGGUUUGGAUAAGUAUCGGCUCCCAUCUGAAGUUCUCCUGAAGAUUCUGCCCUAUAAAACAGUGAUCCAAGGAAUUGAUCCAAUCACCAUCAUAAUUAUCAUUGAAAAGGACUUAUGAGUGUACUCUUUUGCCUAACUCUAAAUAUAACCUUCUCAAUUUCCCCACUAAUACACUAUUUAUUAGCUAUGAUUAGAGGGUGAAGUUUCCAGUUAUGCAAUAAUGAAAAACCAAAUUUACAGAGAUUAAAUAUAUAACUGAUUUCUCCAUGUAAUAUAAUUAAGUUAAACCUAUAACUCUGACUUCUCUAUAUAAUAUAACCUCUAUAAAGUAGAUAUAGUAGCAUGACAAAGAAACAAUGACUUAAGGAUGUGAAGUACUUAUACAGGAGGCACAAAGUUAACAAUUAAAGUGAUCUUUUCAGAUUACCCUGAGAUAUGGAAACAUACCCCAGUUUCAACCCACAGCACUAUAAAUAAAUCAUUCUGAAAAUCUGUGUUCCUUGCCAGUGAGCCUAAUCUAUAGAUUUUGUUUCUUUGCACUGGACUACAAUAUUUUUCAACAACACAAAGUUUAGAAAAGCAAAUAAAGACUCAUUUAUUUGCCUUGUGAUCUUUAUUAUUCUAAAAUAGCUAGAUUAAUAUUAAUAGGCAAGAAGGUGGUUUGAAAACACUAAGAGAUGCAAAAAUGACAUAACAAGGCAGGCAGCAGGACCUAGCAGAGCCCAACAAACACAAUAAACCUGUGUCAUCACAUUCCAGAAACAACUAGAUGAAAAAGCAUCCCCCACAAUUCUUUUAAACAUUCACUGGGACUACACAACUCAGAAGUACAGACAGAGAUCCACUUGGAAGAUGGCUCAGAGUGAUUUUUUCUACCCAGAGAACUCAAAGAGGAGACAGGAACUAAAUAACCUACACCAGGAACUGCUUGAUCGCUUAUCAGACAGCUUUGAUGCUACCAAUGAACUGAACAGGGUUCUGAAUACACACUUGGCCUGCAGACUGGAUUCCAUAGAAAUGAAAAGGAAUGGCACCAUAAAAGAAAAUUGUGACAUCAUCAUAAAAGCCAUGAAGAAGAUCCAAAAGGAAGUACAAAGGGUUGAUGAUGUGCUAAAAGAACAAUUGGAGCCAACAUUGUAUAGAAAACUUCAGGAUAUCAGAGAAAGGGAAAUAGAUAAAAUUGCAAUUGUGCAGAAAGUUAUUUCAGUCAUCCUGGGAGAAGCCACUUCUACUGCCAGUACAGUAGCUGUAAAACUCAUCUGCUCAAAUGUUGCAACCGUUGUCAUUAACAAAUUGGUUACUGUGUUGGCCCAAAUUGGUGCAUCUCUGCUUGGUGGGAUCGGGGUUGCUGUUCUCAGAUUUGGACUAGAUAUGAUCCUCCAAGCCAUACUAGGAGCAGUGGAGAGAAAUCAGCUUCAAGCAGCAAUUAGAAACUAUGAAGAACACCUGGUGGAGUUUAAAUCUGCUUCAGAAAAAUACCAUCAUGCCAUUAAGGAGGUCACGAAAACUUUGAAAUGCCAAUUGAAAUGAUAAGUCUGUACUUUACUACCAACUUCAGUUUCUAUUGCUUCAAUUUCAGCCUUAUUUCUCAGAUUAGGCUGAUUUCCUACACAUUUUCAGCUUCAGGCAGUGGCAAAAUUGGAGAUGGGUGGCUAUUGGCAGUUGUAGUCAGGGAUAAAGGGUGUGAUUCAGAGGUACUAGAGACCUAGAGACUAGAGAUACUAGAGACAAAGUACCACUUGCUUCUAAAACCAUCACUAGAUCAGCUCUCUUGUCUGCCUGAGCUCAUAAUGAUCUCGAGGGAGAUCUCAAAUAUGAAGGGCAAAGAGUGUACCUCAGAGCUUCAUUAACUACUCUUCCAAACUGCUCCAGCAGAUCAGCAUUGCUCUUAUAAGGCACUAGGCAAAGACCUCUCUUUUUGUCUCUUCUACUCUCCUUAUUUGACUAAAUUACCUGGAGAAAUGCAGCUAUAUGCCAAGGGUUUCAGGGAUCAUUUAGAUCUCUAAUACUUAUACUUCACUAAGUUCUGGGCCUUAGUUAAGGAACAUAAUCUUAAGUACUAGUACUAUACUAAAGUUGAAAGUGAAUGAAAAGUUUGAUUGUUAGAUGUGAAUGGAAGUGAAAUUAAGUAGUGAUCUUAAGUACUUUUUACUAAUUACAAAAUUCUCAAUACAAAUAUCACAGACAGAUAUUUUAAUUUGGGUAGAAUAAUGAGUUUUAGUUACAGAUACCAAGCUUCUAUUUCCAAAUCCCUAAUAUUCACUGAUUUGCUGUGUCAUGAUGAAAAGAAUGUCCCAAUCUCCUGUAGCAAUAUAUAUAUAUACAUAUAUAAAAGAUAUAUGUAUAUAUAUAUACUAUAUAUUCAAGUAAUGCUUUGAGAUACAUAGAAUAUAUAUAUAUAUAUUUUUAAAAGCCAUUGUUAUUAAUGUAAGUGGCCCUUGGGUACUGCUUCUCCAGUUUUCUGGGAAUGCAGGUGGUAUUAUGGUGGGCCUGUGGUUAAAAAUCUAUUUCCUCUGCAGAUCUAUGUUGUUAUUUACUACUAAGCCUGCUACAAGUACUUAACUUUUAACAUUGCUUAGGCUUAAAAAGUAGUUUUACUAUUGAUGGCAGAAUAUAAGUUUGAAUAUUUUAUUCACAUGAAGACAAAACAUCCCAAAAUAAAAUAUUCACUAUUAAAAAGCUAAAGAUCAGAUGACUUCUGCUUCAAAAUGUAUUACUUCAUCAUUUUCUCUCUACUACAAUAUGCCUCUGUUAUUCACUAAAUAGAAUUUUACCUCCAAAAAUUAAAAAAAUACUUAGGAAAGUUACUUACCUGGGGUUAGGAGCUUUAUGAGCUGGUUAUUAUUCUUCUAGGAAACUCAAAAAUUAAACUA